AUGGUGAGCAGAUUGAAAGCAGAGGCCUUUCAGGAAGCCCUGGCUGCUGCAGGAGAUAAACUUGUAGUAGUUGAUUUCUCAGAUAUGUGGUGUGGGCCUUGCAAAAUGAUCAAGCCUUUCUUUCAUUCCCCAUCUGAAAAAUAUUCCAACAUGUGGCUCCUUGCAGUAGAUGUGGAUGACUGCCGGGACGUUGCUGCAGAUUGCGAAGUCAAAUGCAUCCCCACCUUCCAGUAUUUUAAAAAGGUGAAGAAGGUGAGUAAGUUUUCUGGCGCUAAUAAGGAGAAGCUUGAAGCUACCAUUAAUGAGGUAAUCUAA